AGCUCAAGAAUCUUGGCUCAGCCUGGGCAUAUUUCCUCCUAACUCUGGCUAAACCUCAGCACGAACGGCUGGACGGAGGAGUCAAUACGAAGCCGGGAGGGAGGCUGCAGAGCUCUCCACCAGGACUACAGCAGAGCUUGGAGAGGCUGAAACCAUGCUUUUCCUUUGGGUGCUGGCAUUCAUUUUAGUCCUGCAGGAGCAAGAUCUUUUAGCUGCUACAGACCCUGUCAGUGUGUUACCUGGAAGUCUGGGAGGAGGAAGCUGGUGUAACGAACAUGAUGCAAUCCACAAACGCUUAGAUAUUAUUGAAGAGAAAGUAAUAAAAACAGUGGAGCAUCUAGAAUCAGAAGUCAAAUCGCUCCUCAACAUCAUCAAUGAGACAACAUCAAACAUCCCCAUUGCUCCAGGAACCCCACUUAUAGACAUUUUGGAUGAUACCAGCUGAGCACUGCAAAGACGAAACGGCUGAAUGUAACAGUGUAUUUGUCAUGAAGAGUUGCACUUUGAUAAACUUGAGCAUGGAUGAACAAUCCCCAACUGUAGUUUGCCUUCUGUGAGUCUGUGCUUUAUAAUAAACAAGUACUUGCUUUUA